GUCUACUAUUAUGUUUUAGCAUGGAAGUAAAAGUAAAGAAAACAAGAGCUCCAAAGACAACAAAUAAGCAAUUAGAAUUUUUAAUUGCAUACAUGGAAAAUCAUACUGCUUUUGCCACAGGCAAACUAUUAACAGCAAGGGGAAAAGCAGUCCACGAUGAGCAAUGGAAACAAUUAACCGAAAAUUUAAAUUGUUUAGAUGGACCAUCAAAAGGAAUAGAUGGCUGGAAAAAACUGUGGUGUGAUCAAAGGAAUCAAGCUCGAACUAGGGCAGCAAAAGCUAAAGCAGCACAGAAACUUACUGGCAAUACCGGAACUCCAAUUCAAUUAAAAGAUUUUGAUUUACGAAUUUUAUCUAUUUUUGGAGGUGAAUCAUCUAUAGGUUUACCCGUGAUGGAAGUGGGACUUGGUGAGCGGCCUGAGGAUAUUACUGAUCCAUCGUUGCUGUUAGGACUGACAUCAAACAAUAUUUCAGAAGCAAAUGAAAAAGAAAAUGAAGCAACAAUAACGAGGGAAACUAGAAAUAACAAAGAUAUGUAUUCAUUUCCUUUGUGUGAAGAAGAUUCAGUUUUACUAAAUAUUAGUAACGAACAAACAUGUCAGACCAGCAAUUUCAAUAGUGCAAUUGAUAUUCGUGACACUGAUAAAAUUGGUACCAGCAAUUUGUACCAACAUACGACAGUAUCUCAAACCUCGGAAACAGCCUCGAAACAACCAUUGUUAACAUCAAAUAUACUAACUACCCAAAAUAGCAGAAAACGUGUGAGAAGUGAGAAGAUAGAUGAAACACAAAUUUAUCUCAGACAUACGCAAGACAAGCAGAACGAAUGUUUGCAAACAAUGGUUGGGACUUUAAAUCGUAUUGCAUCUGCAACAGAGGAACAAAAUGAACUUUUUAAGAGAUUCAUAACUUUGCAUGAGCAAACAGUAACAGGUUUAUCUACAAUGGUUGAAGUUCUUAAUAAGAGAACAUAAGAAUUAAGUAAGGUUUAUUAUAUUUUAUAUUUUAUUUUUGUUUCUUUUUCACAAGAGUUUAUAUAGCAAAUAGUUUACAUAGCAAACGUCGCGACUUCGGAGAACGUUUAAUGACGACAGCUUAAAUCUUCGGUCGUUCCUACAAUAAUGUGAGAGAAGCCCGAUCUUCACUUUACUUUUUCUACGUAACGAAAGUUACACCUCGGCCUCUCUGUCGCGUGAAGGAGCGCGAGUUUGCAUUACGCGAAUCCUAGGAUAAUUUAUUAGGCGACAAUUUAAUCGAUCUGAAUGCGAGAAGCCUGUUUUUCGGGCCUUUCACACGAGAGCACGACGUAUCGAUUUCGUAGGUAAAUAAAUAUUCGGUAUCCCUCGCUUUUAAUUGUUACAACUGUAUUUAUAGCGUUUCUUGACAAAGAUACGUCUUGCUAGUUUUGAAUCGUCCGCUUUCUUGCCGAGUUUUUCUGCCAAGCGAUUGGAAGAAUAGCUCGACUUUAAGUGCGUGAGAAUGUCUCGUUGAAUGCGGUUCAACAAUUGUAUACUCGGCACAAAGAAAGUUGCGAGUGCCUAGAUCAAAUACUUAAACGAAUAGCUAUCCGAACAAUCAAACUCUAAGUUACACAAUUUAAUUUUUAUAUUUUAUUUUUGUUUCUUUUUCACAAGAGUUUAUAAUAUAUAAAAAUAUU